UAUUCCUUUGCUCUGCUUUUCAUCUUCAGUUGUGAUCUCUAGCCAGCCAGCAAUAAAGAAGCAUGUUUGUUUGCCUGCAGUAAAAACAUAUGCAUUUUGGUACACAUUACUUGGCAGGAGAACUGCAGUGCAAAAUUCAGGGAAGUGUGAAUUUCAAAGAAUGGCUGUGUUUCAGUGCACAUAUUGUUUCAGAAAGUCCAAAUAAGGGAUGGGUGGCCCUCCAGAUGUUGGACUACAACUCCUGGCAUCUCUGACCAUUGGCCAUGCUGGCUGGAGCUGAUGAGAGUUGGAAUCCAUCUUUGUUAUGGAAGACUGAGUUCUGUCACUCAGAGUCGCAACUUAAAAUGCAACGUGAUAAAGUCGAGCCAAUAAAAUCAAACAUAGAGCAGAACCAACUCAAACAGAUCUUGUAACGGUGAUGUAUAGUUAGCUUUUGACUCCUAGCUCAUUCCUUCCUGCCCCCCCAGAGAUGCUUCACUUCCCAUGGGGCUUUGCAGUUUUCCUCCCGUUUCUUCUGGGCCUGGCUUCCGAUCCUCACGAUCCGUGCUACGAUGGCAAUCGACAUCCACACUACUGCCUCCCUGAGCUCUCCGAACUGGCCUCAGGGCGCCUGGUGGAGGCAUCCAGCACGUGUGGCAAUCCUCCGGGGCGACUCUGUGCUUUCCGGGAUUCGACCGACCCAGCUUCAAAAUUCUGCCAACGCUGCAAGGAAAAUGUCCACUUGCCAGAGUAUCUCACUGAUGCCGAGGGUAGCGCCACUUGUUGGUGGUCCCAGCCUGCAGCCAAUGCCACACUUACUUUGGCUCUAGGACGCCGAGUGGAAGUUCUGUAUGUGGCUCUCCGAUUCUGCUCCCCACGGCCAGAAUCCCUGGCUAUUUACAAGUCUAUGGAUUACGGCCGCAGUUGGGUGCCCUUUCAGUUCUUUUCUACCCACUGCCGGCGGCGUUACCAUUUGCCACCAACCACCAUCAUCACGAAGGCCAUGGAACAUGAGGCAGCUUGUCUUGAAGCCCAAACUGCCCCCAAGCCUCUAGCCGGGGGACUGGUAGCUUUCAUGCCUCUAGCAGGCCGCCCCUCGGCCAGGAUGUUUGAGUACAGUCCUGUGCUCCAAGACUGGGUGACAGCUACUGACCUCCGCGUGUCGUUUGACCAUAUGCACCCGACACAGACGCUGGGGUUGCGAAGGAAGGAGGCAUCGUACGGAGUGGCUGAGCUGCAGGUUGGGGGCAGGUGCAAAUGCAAUGGACAUGCAUCACGCUGCACGGCAGGGAAAGAUGGAGGGGCGCCCCAAUGUGACUGUCGCCACAACACAGCUGGGCCUGAAUGCGACACCUGCAAAGCUUUCUACUGGGACAGGCCCUGGCAACGGGCAACACCCAAAGAUGUGCAUGAGUGUGUGGCUUGUGACUGCAAUCUUCAUUCCCACCGCUGCCGGUUCAGCAUGGAACUCUUUGAACUCUCAGGGCGCCGAAGUGGGGGGAUCUGCUUGAACUGUCGCCACCAUACAGCAGGGCGCCACUGUCAGUACUGCCUGCCGGGCUUCAAACGCGACCUCAACCGGCCCAUGAUCAGCAGCAAGGCCUGUAAAGAUUGCCAGUGUCAUCCCAUUGGAGCGGUUGGUGCCAUUUGCAACCAGACAACAGGGCAGUGCCAGUGCAAGAACGGAGUCACCGGCCUCACCUGCAACCGCUGUGCUCAGGGUUUCCAGCAAAGCCGCAGCGCCCAUGCCCCGUGCAUCUGGAUCCAGGAAGUGAUGACAACGACAGCUGCUCCCCCACAGGAAUGGAAUGCAGGUACUGAGUGCCAGACCCACUGUAAGCCACCACGAGGACGUGUCCACAUGAACCUGAGGAACUACUGCAAGAAGGAUUAUGUUCUCCGUGCACAGCUGUUGGCUGUGGAGAAGUCUGGUACGUGGUGGCAGUUUACUGCCUCUGUCCUCACCGUCUACCACCAGCGUCGAGUGCCCAUUCGGCGAGGCGAACAGCCACUCUGGGUACCUGAGCAGGAUUUGGUGUGCCAGUGCCUCCACCUCCAAGUUGGCAAAUCUUACCUGGUUAUCGGCAACGAUGAAGAGUCGCCCGACCCUGCCCGGUUAAUCCUUGACAAAAACAGCCUGGCCCUGCUCUGGAGGGACGCAUGGGCACAUAAACUGCGCAGUUUCCAGCAGCAAAGCAGACGUGGAAAAUGUAGGGUCAGCUGAGCCAGCACAGCAGGGGCAGUGGGCUGAAGGAAACAGAGUGAGGGAAUGAGCCAAAUGUGUAAUCUGUACAUGUUGAGAUAAUCCCCAAUCUACAGGCCCAAACUGCUGUUUCAGAGCAUAAGGGAAACUCUUAUUGUGUGUAAAACAACAGUCUCAAAAUAGAAUGACGACCAUUUGGAUUUUUAAAUGUUA